AUGACUGAUUUGAGCUGUAAGAAACACAGUGAUUGCACCAUCUCCAGGCUGCUCAAUGUGGUGGAAAAUGAACUCCUGGCUGGCAGAGACAAAGGAGACCCUACUGAGAAACAACUCCAGGUUAUCUUGGAAGAUUCUGCCCUGUGGCAGAGGUUCAGAGAAGUUACAAAUGAGAUGAUUGUUACCAAGAAUGGCAGAACAACAACUGUGAUCGAUUUGCAGUUCAUUAGAGAUAUUCUUCUUGAGAUGAUCUUGAAUCUGACAGAAAAUGCCAAUAGCGAUUUCCAAGUGUCCCCAGGCCAUGAAGGUUGGCCUACAGGAUCCUCCAGUCACCACAACAACCUGCUCCCAGUGCCACACAAUAGUGGUACUAGUGCUCCAGGGCCCAGUCACUAUCCUUGCCUCUGGACUGUCAGUAACAAUGCUGUCAACGUUUCUAACCUGGCAAAUGAUGUAAGCAGCAGUUCCCCAUUUCUGCGAAGCAGCAUUGCAUUGCCUGCCACAUCCUCAUCUGGUUUAUCGGGCACAGUUGCCAGCAAUAUGGACGCACAAUUGGAACCUGCUUUCUCCAGAUUAACUGAUUCAACCUGGACACCUGCCACCUCUCGUUCUUUCUAGUGGGCUUUGGGAAGGAGCACAUGAUCACA